AUGGCGGAAGCUACACUGCUAGCCACGGAUCAACCGGAGGAGUCCCCUCUCACGGUACAAACUCUGAAGAGCGCACUGCAAACACUCAGGGAAGGCUUAUCAGUGGAUAUUCAAACACAGAUGGGGAGAAUGAAAUCCGAUAUCCAGAGACAAAUCACCGCUCUGCGACAGGAGGCUAAGGCUGAUGACAUCUCCCCAGAGGUGGGCCGCCUCAGAGCCUCAUUCAACCAAGUGAAGCCCAAACUACGAGACGCAGGAAUCCCAUACAGCCUGUAUUACCCAGCGAAGAUGACAAUAACGGUGAAAGGAACCAGGCACGUGUUCACAGAGCCACAAGCAGUGGAGGAGUUCAUCCGUAAUAUCGCACCAACAGCCAACGGAGAUAAAGACGACUAA